UGUGUCAAUUUGUGUUCUCAGGAUUUAAUUAUAGAAGCCAUCUAUGCUGAUAUCAUACAUGGCAAGCUAGACCAGAAAAACAAGCARAUAGAAGUAGAGUAUGCCCUGGGCAGGGACAUUAAACCAGAGAUGGUUACUAUCAUAGCAGAUGUCUUGAAUGAAUGGUGUGAAAGCUGUGAGUCUGUCCUAAGUAGUAUUGACAAACAGAUACAAAGAGCAAAUUUAUACAAAGAAAAGAAACAACAAGUCAAGAAAUCUGUUGAAACUGAGGUGGAGAAUCUUAAAAAGGCUAUCAAAGCCACAUCUCAAGCAGACAUGGAGGAUGAAGGUGCAGURGUKUCAUAUCAAAGCCAACAGUAUCAACAGAGAUCAGCUACUUCUACUAAACAGAAAGGCCUUAAGGGAGCAAAAAUGUUUGGAUCUCAAGUACGACGAUGAGAGUCAUAGAAUCAGUUCCCAGAUCACUGCAAUGUAAUUGCAAAGCUUGUACAUUUAAAAUAAAAUCAUUACAUUUAGAUAUUUA